AUCAUGAAUUCCAUAAGUUCGUGUGUUUACUUUUUCAUAUUAUGAAUCCAUAAUAAAACUUAUGACUAUAUCAUGAAAUCUAAAUGAAGAAUCUAAACAAAAGUUACGGAUUUCAUCCGAACAUGAACUAAUUAAUAGUCUAAUACACGCACUCUCUCUGCCCCUUCGACGGCCACCACCCCACCACCCACAAAUAACCCCUACACCCCACCACCCACAAAUAUUGUUAAAGAAAAAAAAAACUGAGUUGUCUUAGUGGAAGCCUGGAAGGUCCAAAAGCUCCACUAUAAAAUAAGCACAAGAUGAAAGAGCUUUUUGUCAAAACAAAAUACACAAAGUAUUAUUGUUUCACCAAUGGCCACUCAAAGUCUUUUGCUCUUCUCUUGUUCUUUUCUUCUCAUUUUUCUUUCAUUCUCUUUUGAGAAGAGCCAUGCUUUGGAAGGAAGAAAAAACAUGGAAUCCCAUUUCCAUACUCUCCAACUUACCUCUCUUCUUCCUUCCUCUUCUUGCAACCCUACUACCAAAGGUAAAAGAGGAGGGGCAUCAAUGGAAGUUGUCAACAGUCAUGGUCCAUGUUCUAAACUCAACCAAGAGGGAGCAAAAGCCUCAAGCAUGACAGAAAUUUUGGCUCACGAUCAGGCUCGAGUGGACUCUAUCCAAGCCCGUGUCACAACCCAAAACUAUGACCUCUUUAGGAAGAAAGACAAAAUUUCAAACAAGAACAGAGCUAAGGACUCAAAAGUGAAUCUCCCGGUGCAACCUGGCAUUUCUAUUGGCACCGGAAACUACAUUGUCACCAUUGGAAUUGGCACACCAAAAAAGGACCUCUCCCUCAUUUUCGACACUGGUAGUGACCUUACAUGGACUCAGUGCCAACCUUGUGUCAAAUCUUGCUAUGCUCAACUACAACCAUUUUUUGAUCCAUCAUCAUCUUCAACAUAUUCCAACAUUUCUUGCACUUCAACGGCUUGUUCUGGUCUUAAAUCAGCCACUGGAAACAACCCAGGUUGUUCUUCCUCUAAUUGCAUUUAUGGUAUACAAUAUGGUGACUCGUCAUUCUCACUAGGAUUCUUUGCCAAGGACAAGCUAACUUUAACACCAACAGACGUGUUUGACGGAUUCAUGUUUGGUUGCGGGCAGAACAACAGAGGGUUAUUCGGAAAAACUGCAGGACUAAUCGGUUUAGCCCGUGACCCUCUCUCCAUUGUGUCCCAAACAGCUGCUAAGUUCGAAAAAUACUUUUCUUACUGCCUUCCCACUAGGAGAGGAACUAAUGGUCAUUUAACCUUCGGCAACAAAAAUGGAGCAAAAUCAACCAUCCAAUUCACACCAUUCACUCUCUCACAAGGUACAUCAUUUUACUUCGUUGAUGUAUUGGGUAUCUCCGUUGGUGGAAAGGCGUUAUCGAUAAGCCCAAUGUUGUUCAAGAAUGCCGGAACAAUCAUAGAUUCAGGUACGGUGAUUACACGGUUACCUUCAACAGCGUACAACAAUUUGCGAUCAACUUUCCAGCAAUUCAUGACUAGGUAUCCUAGGGCACCAAACCUAUCUUUGCUUGACACUUGCUACAAUUUAAGCAAUUAUACUUCCAUCAGUAUUCCAAAGAUCAGCUUCAACUUCAACGGCAAUACAAAUGUGAACUUGGAUCCAAAUGGUAUUCUUCUAACAAAUGGUGUCUCUCAAGUUUGCUUGGCUUUCGCUGGAAAUGGAGAUGACGAUAGUAUUGGAAUCUUUGGAAAUGUACAACAACAGACAUUGGAGAUUGUUUAUGAUGUUGCUGGUGAGAAAUUAGGAUUUGGUUAUGGAGGAUGUUCUUAAAGCUUUAAUGAACUUUAGUAAUUAAAUCGUAAUACCGCAGUAAAAAAAAUUGUAAUACUGCAAAAGUACUGAAAAAUGUAUACCGAUUUUUAGUUUAUGAAAAAUUAAUCUUGUCUA